AUGAACAAAGUUUUAUCUUUUUAUAUCUUUUUUUCAUUUUGUUUGCUUAAAGCUUGUGCUUUCAAAAAAAAUACAUUUGAAAACUAUGAAUUGAAUUAAUUCAAUUUAUCAGAGAAAGAUGGCUACCCUGUGAUAGGAAUCCUUGAUAGCCCUGUCACGAGGUUUCUAAAAAGCAGUACUAUUGAUAAGAGAGAUACAAUGAUUCCCUCUUCAUAUGUUAAGUUUAUAGAAUAUACAGGAGCUCAUGUCUUGAGGAUACCUUACAAAGCAAGCGAAAGCAGAUUAGAUUAUUUUAUGCAAAAUAUAAAUGGACUUAUCUUGACUGGAGGAUCUUAGCUAGUUAGAAAUGAAACAACAAAAAUGAUGUCUGAAUAUGGCAGAAAAGUAAAAUAUCUUUUAAAAAAGGCCAUAGAAAUCAAUGAAAAUGGGAACACUUUUCCUGUGUAUGGAAUUUGUAAUGGAUUUUCUUAAAUUGUUUGUUCUAUGAGCACAAAUGAUACAAACAUUUGCGAUGUACUCACUUAUAAGCACCACAAAGCAGAGAGAGAGAAAAUAUAAUUUACAGACCCACUUAUUUAGCCAUUCUCAUCAAUGAAAAAAUAAAUUAUUGAUAGAUUAUAAAAAGAAAAUCAAUUGUUAUUUUAUCAUUCUCUCUAUUUAGAACCUUAGUUCUUUUAAUAGAAUCGCUUAUUAAAUUCUCAGUUUUAGAUAUCAAGUUAGUCGUCUAAUUAUUAGGAUGUACAAUUUAUUUCCUCAAUACACCACAUUAAUUAUCCAAUAUUUGCUGAUGUUUUUCACCCAGAAAAAGCAGCCUUUGAAUGGAAGCCAAAUUAUAUCAGUCAUAAGAAAGAAUCAAUAUUUUUUUCAUUUUAUAUUGCCAAAUAUUUUAUACAAUAAGCAAGUAAAAAUACUCAUACAAUUUCAGAGGAAUUAAUUUAAGAUUUUUUAGAGUUUAAAGAGGACUCAAAUCUCAUCGAAACUCCUACACUUAGCUAUUAAUCAAUUUACUUAUUUAAAUACAAUUCUACAUAUUUAUAAUGA